UAACAUAACCUGAGCUAACCUAACCUAACCUGACCUGACCUAAUUUAUAUCUAGUGUGUGAUGCGGAAUCCAAAGGGCAACGUCACCUCCUAUUUCCACCUCAGCAGCGCCGUUGCCGACCUGGAGACUCUCGAGAGCUUUCAGCGGGCAACGGUAAGAGACCCCCCCCCACUCCAGAGUCUGAUGUUGAUGGUGAUGAUGAUGAUGACAACCAGAGUUCAGUGUCAUCUGAUCAGUAACAAGGGACCGAGAGAUGUGUUCAACAUACGUUGUACGGUUGGAGGAUCGUCCAGGUUUGACCACAUCAGGCAGCGGCAUUCAAAGACAGACCAGUACAACAUCCUCAUCCUGAGCUAUGAGGACUUGAUUUUGGACCUGACGGGAGCAGUAACCAGGAUGUGCAGGUUCUUGGGGAAAAACCUCGGUGAUGGCGCCAUCGAGCAAGUUGCAGAAAAGUCUACGUUCAAGACCGUGAAGACAGACUCAAACGCCAACUGGGAGAUUCUGCCACAGGAGAGGCUCAGCGGCGACUUCAUGCUCAAAGGUCAGAUCGAUGACUGGAAGAAUAUUUUUACUGACGCUCAGAGUGAGAGAGUUGAUCGACCGCUUCAGGAGAAACUCGCCGAUCUGUCUGUGAAGUUCAUCUGGGAAUAA